AUAUCUACCUCCAUUCCCGCACCAGCAAAAAGCUUCCUCCUCGCCCCAUGGGCACCGCUCCCUUCUUCCCCUCCGCCUCCCCCCACCGCAAGCCCUCCGCCGCCGCCGCCGCCGCCUCCAGCCUUGUUUUGCUGCUGCUGGAUUGGAGAGUUCUUAGUCAUGCUGCCUUCUCGCGCGCCACGUGCUCGACGGAAUUCCUCGGCUGUGCAGGAGUCAAGAAACGCUAGGAUUAGGCGCCUCCCGGGGUCCCUUUUAGUUCCCCUCUAACGAAUCGUAGGCUUCCUGUUUGGUGUGACUGUGUCCCGUCUGAUUCGUGGGUGUCCUGGUGCAGAGUCUCCGUAGAAAUCAAGAGCUGCCCAUUCUGGGUUUCCAGUAGCCUUUUUUAGCGGUUCUGGUGCUUUUAUGGGAGUGCCCGUCGCGCACAAGUCCGAUUCUUGGAGUGCUGAGCUCGCGAUGGCGGACUGCGGCGGCCUCGGCGUCCGGCCUAUUAACGGAGGCCGAGGGGGUGCCGUGGAGCAGCGUGAAUCCGGCGAGAAUGGGCCUCCGGUGUCCCCACCGGAGCGGGUCUUUACGCCGCCGGUGCCGAGGAUGGCUGCGUGGCGGCGCAUGUCGUCGCCUGGUCCUCUACGGUGCUCGACGCCGAGGAGCGUUGGGUACGAUGAUGGUGAGGACUCGGACCGGUAUUUCUCCCCGCAGAGUGAGUUUUCUCAAGACACUUCUGACACGGAUUCAGUGAGCACAAGUAUCAGUAGGAUGUACACCUUUCGGUUGGGGACAUCAAGCCCAUUAGAUAGUCCUAUCAAAAAACUGGGAGUAGGAGACACGAGUCCUCCUUCCAGGAGGGGUGCCCAUUCUCCUUGUUAUCCUUGGAAUUCUGGCCGGGUAUCAGAUGAUGUCGAUUCUAGCUUUUUGAAUUCACUCCCUCGUGAUGAUGAGCAGAAUAAGGAUGCUGUACAGCCAGUUGAUUUUGAGAGUAGACACAUCUGGUAUCCUCCACCACCUCAGGAUGAGGGCGAUGACCUUGAAAAUGGGUUUUUGAAAUAUGAUGAUGAUGAUGAUGAUGAUGACAAUGAUGUUUGUGACGGGAAGGUCUUUGAAGAUGUUAACCAUGAUUGUGGUGAUGGUUCUGAUGAUGAUUUAUUAGGGACCAAGGGAAAACAUAAUAUAGCUCAUAAAGAGUCCUUGAGGAAUGCUUUACAUGGCCAUUUCAGGGCUCUCGUGUCCCAGUUGCUCCAAGGACAUGGAAUUGAUCCUGUGGAUGGCUGGUCAGACAUAGUGGCCUCAUUAGCAUGGCAGGCAGCAACCUUUGUUAGGCCAGACACAAGCAAAGGUGGUAGCAUGGAUCCCACAGAUUAUGUUAAAGUCAAAUGUGUAGCAUCAGGAAAUCCAAAUGAUAGUGCUUUCAUUAAAGGUGUUGUUUGCUCCAAGAAUGUAAAACAUAAACGCAUGGUGUCAAAACAUGAGAACCCUAGGUUGCUUCUUUUGGGAGGAGCACUGGAACACCAGAAAGUUGCAAACAAACUAGCAUCGAUAAACAGCAUUCUUGAACAGGAAAAAGAGUACCUUAAGAAUGCUGUUGCUAAGAUAGAAGCCCAACACCCUCAUGUCUUGCUAGUGGAGAAAAGUAUACCGUUGGAUGCUCAACAGCUUCUUUCAAAAGAUAUUUCUUUAGUUUUGAAUGUCAAGAGAUCACUCUUGGAAAGAAUAUCACGCUGCACAGGUGCUCAAAUUGCAUCAUCCGUUGAGAAUGUCACUUCUACAAUGGUCGGACAUUGCCAAACAUUUUGGAUUGAGAGAGUCACAGAAUGUUCAUCACCAAGGAUGUCAAACAAAAAAACAUUCAAGACACUAAUGUUUUUUGAUGGUUGCCCAAGACGCUUGGGGUGCACGAUUCUUCUAAGAGGCAAAUUCUACGAAGAGUUAAAGAAGGUCAAACUUGCUGUCCAGUUUGCUUUAUUUGCAGCGUACCACUUGUCACUUGAAACAUCAUAUCUUGCUGAUGAGGGUGCAACACUUCCAAAAGUCCCUUCAGAUCUUCAACUUGAGAAGCAGAUUUUUUCCCUAAGUAAUUGUCAGCAGAAUUUUAAUGACUUACAAACUAUUGCUGAUAGAACUUCUGGAAAUGGGUGCAUCAUGCCUUGCCUUGAUGGUUCUUCUGCAAGUGAACAGCAUUCAAGAGCUGACUUAAUUAAUGCGGAAUAUGUAGAAUCCCAUCCAAGAGCUGACUCAAGUCAGGAAGCUUAUACUGGUGAAACCAUUGACACGUACCCUUAUUCCACAAAAGCUUCAUUGUAUGACAGCUGCAUACCACCUGUAGGCAUAACAGUUCAGACAUGUGCCAGAAAAAGGACGCCAGCAGAUCAUAACGGUCACAUAGGUGAACUGGUUGGUCAAAUGUUAAAGGUUGAAAGUGACUUGGAUAAUGGUUGGAAUCAUAUAUCAGAUGAAGAUCGUGUAGCAAUACGUGAUCAUAAUGAGAAUCACAACUUCACAACAUCUGACAAUCCACAGAGCAUUUUGGUUUCCUUGUCAGUUGCUUGCCCUCUGAGAGGGAUUGUAUGCAAGCAAUCUCAGCUCUUUCGCAUAAAGUUUUAUGGUACUUUUGAUAAGCCACUUGGAAGAUAUUUUCGUGAAGAUUUAUUUGUUCAGACUUCAUGCUGCGAAUCUUGCAAGGAGCCUGCGGAAUCACAUGUGCGAUGUUAUACUCAUCAACAAGGCAGUCUCACAAUCAGUGUCAGAACUCUUGCAUCUGUCAAGUUACCUGGGGAGCAUGAUGGGAAGGUAUGGAUGUGGCAUAGGUGUCUCAGGUGCAAACCAAAAGAUGGAAUCCCUCCGGCCACGCAAAGGGUAAUCAUGUCGGAUGCAGCACGUGGAUUAUCUUUUGGGAAGUUUCUGGAACUUAGCUUCUCAAAUCACACGACGGCAAAUCGAAUUGCCUCCUGUGGACACUCCCUGCAGAGGGACUGUCUUCGAUUUUAUGGGCUCGGAAGCAUGGUUGCUGUCUUCCACUAUUCACCAGUGGACAUUCUUUCUGUCAACUUACCGCCCUCAGUACUGGACUUUUCUUAUCCAACAGCUCAAGAUUGGAUCAUCAAAGAGGCUGCUGAUGUAGCCUCUAGGAAGGAGCACCUUUAUAAGGAAAUUGUGGCUAAACUCGACUGCAUUGAACAGAUAAUUAAAGCCCAGAAUGUUACCAUGAAGUCAGGCUUGUAUAAACAUGUUGCCGAUCUUAAGGAGUUAGUUAAAGUUGAGUGGAAGAAGUACGAUGUUUUGUCGGGAUUUUCCAACAUAGAUAACUUGCAGACAUUUGGACCAACUUUAGAUGUUCUAGAUCUCAAUCAUCUGAGGCGAGAGCUUGCACUUGAUAUUCACAUAUGGGACCGCAGACUGUACAUGAUGCAUUCCCUCACUAAAGAAAACUGUCAUACUGUGCCAACUGAGACACAAUGUUCUGAGAAGCUUACUGAAAGUGUAUUAGAAGAGCCCAAGGAUGUGAUCUCCAGUAAACAUGGGACUAUCAAUAAUUCUCUAGAACAGACACACCCAAAUGCAUUGGAACUGCCCACAGAUUCAGCAAAACCAUUCCCCAUGAGGGAACAAAACAACACUAGCGGGUCACAUUUGGGACUGAAAACAAACACUGCAGCUGAUGUAUCUCUGCAUUCUGGCUCAGCUGGUAUCAGCUCUGCCCUGGGCCCAUGUAAAAUACAGAGUGAAGUAGUGCUGGCUGAUGAACUUAAAGCUGAAACGAUGUUGCAGAAGUCUCAAUCUUCUGCCUCCAAUAUUUCUGACAGAAUUGACUUAGCAUGGACUGGCUCUGGUCAGUUUGUUAUUGAUCCAUCACAAUGUAGCAUGGAGACAGUUCCAGUCAUACCUGCUGCUCUGAAGGAUGAUCCUGCAUACCAGAAGGUUAUAGCGCCAAUUAGAAUAAAAUCAUUUGAUUCUGCUGUCAGUUCCAGAAAUAGGUUAUCACCUGUUGAUGAUUCAAAUGCUAGCAUAAGAAGAUCUUAUUCUCAAAGGCCCCCAAAGGCUAUUGAGAAAACUGGCAGGGCUCGGUCUCCAACGUUCAUGAGCAACUUGUCACUUUCUGGUGUGGUAGAUGGUGAGGGACGGUUGCUACUGUCUCAAAAUGAUUCAGAUGUUGUCGUUCCAAUUUAUGAUGAUGAGCCAUCUAGCAUGAUAGCCCAUGCCAUGACUGUUCCAGAAUAUCACAGCUUCUUGUUGCCACUGAUGGAUGAGAAUAAUGAAUCUAGCGUAUUGAAUUAUGUGGCACAUAAAUCUUCUAGGAGCACUUUUGAUGGAUCAAUGCGGAGCUAUGGUUCUGAUCAGUCUCAAGCUAUAACUGGAAGUGAUUCUAAGGAUAACCAUUUGACGGUUUCUUUUGAGGAUGAAGACUCAAAUUCUGUUGAUAAAGCAAAAUUUUCUGUGACAUGUUAUUUUGCAAAGCAGUUUGAUGCAAUCAGGAGAAAGUGCUGUCCAGAUGAGUUAGAUUAUAUCCGCUCUUUAAGUCGCUGCAAGAGAUGGAGUGCUCAAGGUGGCAAGAGUAAUGUCUACUUUGCCAAAACACUAGAUGACAGAUUUGUCAUAAAACAAGUGACUCGAACAGAAUUAGAUUCAUUCGAGGAUUAUGCAGUUGAGUACUUCAAAUAUUUAACAGAAUCUGUAUCUUCUGGAAGCCCGACUUGCCUCACUAAAAUCCUUGGUCUUUACCAGAUCACUGCCAAGAAUUUGAGAGAUGGAAAGGAGCUGAAGAUGGAUGUAAUGGUCAUGGAAAACCUAUUUUUCAAGAGGAAGGUAUCAAGAAUAUAUGACCUAAAAGGCUCCUUGCGUUCCCGAUACAAUCCUGAUACAUCAGGGAAAAACAAGGUUCUCUUAGAUCUGAAUCUAUUAGAGACACUUCACACAAAGCCCAUUUUUCUUGGAAGCAAAGCAAAAAGAAGGCUGGAAAGAGCUGUUUGGAAUGAUACGUCUUUUCUGGCUUCGGUGGACGUGAUGGACUACUCUCUUUUAGUCGGCAUUGAUGAAGAAAGGAAAGAGCUUGUGAUGGGGAUCAUUGACUAUCUUCGGCAAUACACUUGGGAUAAACAACUAGAGACUUGGGUGAAGGCGUCAGCUUUCCUGGGUGGCUCCAAAGAUGGUCUGCCAACAAUCAUAUCCCCAGAUCAGUACAAGAAGAGGUUCAGGAAGGCCAUGUCAAAGUACUUCUUGACUCUCCCUGACCAAUGGUCACCGUGAUGCCUCAGAUGCAUUCAGGCGAUUCAAGGGUGAUGGGAGGACACUUUGGUUUCUUUUAUUUUUUUUUCUCUCCCCCUUGUUUCUGUUAGAACAAUCGAUCCAUCUGUGCCUCUUGUAUGUUAUUUUUUGUCCGCAACAGGCAGGAUGAACUCUGUAGAGGAUUGUGGCGAUUGCUGUCCAUCCAGGCAGAGGUUAGGAGUCAAUACAUGUACAUACCCUACAUUGUAACAUGAAAUGCAAAGAAAUGAGAAAAAAAAUACGCGAUAACACAAGUUCUUUAAUAGUGCUACAAUUUGGGCUUU